UUAUCUUGAUAGGGCAUAUGUCUACCAAAUUAGGCAUAUUCUAAACUCAGUAUUGCCCGUGGUGAUUGCUGUACACUUAUUUUUAUUACCUUAAGGUGAUAUCUGUAUGCCAAUAAAUAAGUGUUAAACUGGAGAUUUUGCUAUUACGAAUUAGACAUGAAACAAAAGUUGUUUGUCAUCAUUUUCGCCAUCAUUCUUGACAUCACUUCCGUUGAGACGGGAAGUAAGGUGUUGCAGAAGAAGUUCUUUCAAGAUGGCCAGGACAACACUUGCAAUUUCGACGCAAAUACACUGUGCUCCUGGAGCAACGUUCGCAUUUUGAAAGCCGGGGGGGUAAGCGACGAUUUUGAUUGGACGUUAUAUGCUGGCUCCACUCCAACUGACGACACGGGGCCAAGCGUUGAUCACACAGCGGGGACAGAUAAAGGUACUUAUGCAUUCAUCGAAUCAAGCGCUCCCAGAGUUUUGGGAGAAAAGGCUUGGAUGGAGAGCCCGGAGAUACCCGCGCUCGGACAGUCCGUUGUCUGCUUUCGGUUUUGGUACCAUAAAUAUGGUGAAAACAUGGGUAACCUGAGUGUCUACCAACAUCAGCUUGGUCCCCGGCCCGGCAACCUUGUCUGGAGUGACGUCACUGAACACGGGGACCGGUGGUUAUCGGCGCAAAUUCCGCUGCUGGCCAAUGUGAACUUCCGGAUCAUCUUGGAAGGUGUCGUAGGCAAUGGAUUCCUCGGGGAUAUUGCCGUCGACGACGUUAGCGUCGGCAAUGGAUACUGUUUGGUUACACCACCGGAAGCGUCUCGGAGCAACGUCACUCCUCCACCAGUGACAUCAGUGCCGUCGCCUGUCGACGGCAGGUGGGGAGUUUGGACCACGUGGUCGGUGUGUUCGGAAUCGUGCGGUGGAGGAAACCAGUCUAGAUCUAGGUCAUGUGACUUUCCCUCUGGUGUUGCACACGGGGCUUAUUGCACGGGGGACAGCACGGAGAAUAUUACUUGCAAUACAGUACCUUGCCCAGUGGACGGUGUCUGGUCCACGUGGUCAGCCUGGUCCGCAUGUACAGUCACCUGUGGAGGCGGGACAGUGACUCGGAACAGGGCGUGUAAUUACCCAUCAGGGACGCCGCAUGGUCACAACUGUACAGGAAAUGCUACUGAAAGAAGCAUGUGCAACACGGACAUCUGUCCAGUGGACGGUGUCUGGUCCACAUGGUUAGCCUGGUCCGUAUGUACAGUCACCUGUGGAGGCGGGACAGUGACUCGGAACAGGGCGUGUAAUUACCAAUCAGGGGUACCACAUGGUCACAACUGUACAGGAAAUGCUACUAAAAGAAGCACGUGCAACACGGACAUCUGUCCAGUGGACGGUGUCUGGUCUACGUGGUCUACCUGGUCCGCAUGUACAGUCACUUGUGGAGGCGGGACAGUGACUCGGAACAGGGCGUGCAAUUACCCAUCAGGGGUACCACAUGGUCAUAACUGCACGGGAAAUGCAACAGAGGGGCGCAGUUGCAACACGGACAUCUGUCCAGUGGACGGUGUCUGGUCCAUCUGGUCAGACUGGUCCGCAUGUACAGUCACCUGUGGAGGCGGGACUGGGACUCGGCACAGGGCGUGUACUUACCCAUCAGGGGCGCCAUAUGGUCACAACUGUACGGGGAAUGUCACAGAAAAAAGCACGUGCAACACGAACGUCUGUCCAGUGGACGGUGUCUGGUCCAUGUGGUCAGUCUGGUCCGCAUGUACAGUCACCUGUGGAGGCGGGACAGUGACUCGGAACAGGGCGUGUAAUUACCCAUCAGGGGCGCCUCAUGGUCACAACUGCACGGGAAAUGUCACAGAGGGCCGCAUGUGCAACACGGACAUCUGUCCAGUGGACGGUGUCUGGUCCACGUGGUCCGCCUGGUCCGCAUGUACAGUAACCUGUGGAGGCGGAACAUUGACUCGGCAAAGGGCGUGUUAUUACCCAUCAGGGGUACCACAUGGUCACAACUGCACGGGGAAUGUCACAGAGGGGCGCACGUGCAACACGGACAUCUGUCCAGUGGACGGUGUCUGGUCCACAUGGUCAGACUGGUCCGCAUGUAAAGUCACUUGUGGAGGCGGGACAGUGACUCGGAACAGGGCAUGUAAUUACCAAUCAGGGGCGCCGCAUGGUCACAACUGCACGGGGAAUGACACAGAGGGGAGCACGUGCAACACGGACAUCUGUCCAGUGGACGGUGUCUGGUCCAUUUGGUCAGCCUGGUCCGCAUGUACAGUCACCUGUGGAGGCGGUACAGUGACUCGGAACAGGACGUGUAAUUACCCAAUUGGGGCACCACAUGGUCACAGCUGCAUGGGAAAUGCCACAGAAAGAGGCACGUGCAACACGGAAUUCUGUCCAGUGGACGGUGUGUGGUCCUCAUGGUCAGACUGGUCCGCAUGUACAGUCACUUGUGGAGGCGGUACAGUGACUCGGCAAAGGGCGUGUAAUUACCAAUCAGGGGCACCACAUGGUCACAACUGCACGGGAAAUGCCACAGAAAGAAGCACGUGCAACACGGACGUCUGUCCAGUGGACGGUGUCUGGUUGCAAUGGGCAGACUGGUCCGCAUGUACAGUCACCUGUGGAGGCGGGACAGUGACUCGGAACAGGGCGUGUAAUUACCCAUCAGGGGCACCACCUGGUCACAACUGCACGGGGACUGUCACAGAGGUGCGCACGUGCAACACGGACAUCUGUUCAGUGGACGGUGUCUGGUCCACAUGGUCAGACUGGUCCGCAUGUACAGUCACCUGUGGUGGCGGUACAGUGACUCGGAACAGGGCGUGUUAUUACCCAUCAGGGGUACCACAUGGUCACAACUGCACUGGGAAUGUCACAGAGGGGCGCACGUGCAACACGGACAUCUGUUCAGUGGACGGUGUCUGGUCCACGUGGUCCGCCUGGUCCGCAUGUACAGUCACCUGUGGAGGCGGGACAGUGACUCGGAAUAGGGCGUGUGACUACCCAUCAGGGGUACCACAUGGUCACAACUGCACAGGAAAUUUCACAGAAAAAAGCACGUGCAACACGGACAUCUGUCCAGUGGACGGUGUCUGGUCCUCCUGGUUAGACUGGUCCGCAUGUACAGUCACCUGUGGAGGCGGGACUGGGACUCGGCACAGGGCGUGUAAUUACCCAUCAGGGGCGCCACAUGGUCAAAACUGCACGGGCAAUGUCACAGAGGGGCGCACGUGUAACACAAACACCUGUCCAGUGGACGGCUUCUGGAGCAAUUGGUUUCAAUGGAUCGCUUGCUCUGUAACUUGCGGUGGAGGGGGACAGUCUAGAUCCAGGUUAUGCCUCUAUCCGGCGGGUGUUCCGCACGGAGCUUAUUGCAUGGGGAACUCAACGGAUAGUAAAACAUGCAACACAGAGUCAUGCCCAGUGGACGGCUUCUGGAGCACUUGGUUUCAAUGGACCGCGUGUUCUACCACUUGCGGUGGAGGAGGUCAGUCUAGAUCCCGAUUAUGCCUCUAUCCGGCGGGUGUUCCGCACGGGGCUAAUUGCAUGGGGAGCUUAACGGAGAAUAAAACAUGCAACACAGAAUCAUGCCCAGACGGCAACGUAUGCAAGGACAUUGACGCCCAGAUGUGCGUCCUGCUUGCGAAAAGAAGCCCUGGCCUCUGCCAGGAUCAGUAUUAUAGUCGAACGGCAUGUCCGAAAUUCUGUAAACUUUGCCCUCUCGAAUGUUACCAAUGUAAGGUGUCGGUCCGCGACUACAAAAAUUGUAACAUGACCACAACAUGUAACGUUAACCAGCGAUGUAUGCUAGAGAAGACGCGUUCGCUUCUGGACGGGCAUGAUGAGUAUGUGAUGGGCUGUAGCCCCGAUGCCAGUAGCCAGAGGGCAAGUGAACAUGUAGUUUUUUUCAGACAUGAUAGGUUAUAUAUGAUUGCCUGUGGAAGUCUACAUGUAUUGCUUUCAGUCGUGAGUUUUUUAAUUAUAAUAUGGUUUAUGGAAGUAAAGUCUACUGGUGAGAUUUACGAGUUUUUUCUGGUUGAUAAUGAAGGUCUUGAUGAAGGGUUUACAGUCGUCUAUGUGUAG